UAUUAUUUUUCUUCUUCCCAACCUGAUUCUUGUUCGUUUGUCUUUAGUUUCUUAUUUAGUUUCGAGACAUUAAGAAAGUAGCAUUCAAACAUCUUAGAAGGUGUUAAAAGCUUCAAGGAACCCUUGUCAAUCUCAGCCGUGGCUCUCAUCGUUGGGGAAUGGGGUAACGCACAGAGAGAUGGUGGUCACACAGUUAGAGCUGGAGCUCUGUUAUCAGGGGAAGAAGCUCAGAGGUUUCACCUGCAAGCUCACCCGGUCGGCUCAUGGCUUCCUACCGGAGAGCUCUUACAUCAUUGCUGCACAGGUCUUUCUGCCGUUUCUUCUGGGCGGGCUGGGUAUGGUGGCGGCCGGCAUCGUCAUGGAUAUUGUCCAACAUUGGGAUGUGUUUAAAGUGAUCACAGAGGUGUUCAUCCUGGUACCUGCUCUAGUCGGGCUCAAGGGAAACCUGGAGAUGACUCUCGCAUCUCGUCUCUCUACUGCUGCUAACACCGGACAGAUGGACGACCCCAAACAGCAGUGGCUGAUGUUGACCUGUAAUCUUGCUCUCAUUCAGGUUCAGGCCACUGUGGUGGGCUUCCUGGCAGCUCUUGCGGCCGUAGGUCUUGGUGCUUUGUCCAGAGGGGGUGUAGAGCUGGACCAGGCGGCUGUCCUGUGUGCUAGCAGUGUCACCACCGCAUUUGUGGCAGCUCUCUCCUUAGGUCUGGUGAUGAUUGGUGUGAUCAUCGGCUCCAGGAAGGUGGGCAUCAACCCUGAUAACGUGGCCACACCAAUAGCAGCCAGUCUGGGAGAUCUCAUCACUCUUUCUCUAUUGGCUGGAGUCAGCAGCACACUGUUCCAGUACAGAGAUGUGUGGUACUUGUCCCCGUUGGUGUGUGUCUUCUUCUUGCUGCUCAUUCCUCUCUGGGUGCUCAUCGCUAGAAAGAGUCCACAGAUUAAAGAGGUUCUGAAGUCGGGCUGGCAGCCUGUUUUAGUGGCCAUGUCCAUCAGCAGUUUUGGAGGCCUUAUUCUUGAUAAGACUGUGAGCGAUCCGAACUUUGAGGGCAUGGCGGUCUUCACACCAGUCAUAAACGGUGUGGGGGGGAAUCUGGUGGCCAUCCAGGCCAGUCGGAUCUCCACUUACCUUCAUUUGUGGAGCGUACCUGGAGUCCUGCCCUAUAAGAUGAGACAGCACUGGCCCAACCCCUGUGCCACAUUCUUCUCCUCAGGUGUGAACUCGAAGUCGGCGCGAGUGCUGUUCCUCCUGGUGGUUCCAGGUCAUCUGUUGUUUCUUUUUGCCAUUAAUAUGCUCCAAGGAGGCCACACUGCCAUCACACCAGCAUUUAUCUGCUGCUACCUGAGUGCUGCUCUGCUUCAGGUCGGGAUCCUCAUUUAUACAGCAGACCUGAUUGUGCGUUUGAUGUGGAGAAAAGGUCUGGACCCAGAUAACUUCUCCAUCCCAUACCUGACUGCACUGGGAGACCUGUUGGGCACGGGUUUCCUGGCCUUGUGUUUCCGUCUGGUCAUGUUAGUGGAGUAGCUCGGUUUGUAAAAUGCUAGACCUCCUCUCCCCCCCUCCCACCUCCCAGUUCACAGGACCUUUGCCACCCAGCCUGGCUGCAAUGCUUUGGAGAUGCGAACUUGUCUGUGGGAAGCUAAAGACAGAAAAUGAGCCACAUUGUUUCUGUGCUUACAGGACAUGUUGAGUGGAAAUAUGAAAUACAUCGGCAGGUAUGGACUUAAUAUCUGACAGUCUGUAAUAUGAUUAUACUCUUGGUGUGUUGUCCUGUUGCCUCAGUGAUGCUGCUUUCAUAAACACUAGCCACCUGAUAACUGUAUAACUUUAGGUGCGCCACAAUUUUUUAUGUGCCAUGUAUAGAUUGAAUUUGAAGUUUACAAGAUUUAAGACCUUGAAGGAUUCUGGGAUGUUUGUUUUAGUCAAAUAUUGUUUUUGAGUGUUUGAUUUAGGAUCGAAAGUCUAAAAAUUUUAAAGGUCAUUCCUUUGCUGUUAUAGUAACUACAUACAAAAUCAUAAUUGCUGCUAGAUAUUUUUACAGGAUACUAUAUCUCAUAUACAGAGGGGGUGUAAUGUACCUUUCCUUUUCUAAUUUUUUGCACCUGAAAUAUUUUUUCUCAAAAUACUACACUUUGAAAAAAGACAAAAUCUUAUAUUUAUAUAGUGUUCCUGUAGCUCAAUUGGUAGAGCAGUGCCCGAUCAAGCGUAAGGUUGGGGGUUCGAUUCCCCGGGAACACAUGAUAGGUAAAAAUUGAUAGCCUGAAUGCAAUGUAAGUCGCUUUGUAUAAAAGCAUCUGCUAAAUGCAUUCAUUUAAAUUUAAUUUAUAUAAUGAAUGUAAUUGGUUUUUCACUUGAAUGAAUUGAUGACAAUGAUAUUGUUAAUGUGGCAAUUUUAUUCAACACAUUUGUAAUAUCUUUACUCUGAAUUAGAAUUAACCUUCUUUCAUGAUUUUUCUACAGUUUAAGUGUUGUGGUCCCUAAAACAUUAAAAAUAAUAAUAAUUACAUAUUUGAGUUAACUGUCGUACCACAGGCAGUUUGUUUUAUAAAAUGUUAUGUAACAAAAAAUGAAAGCACACGAAAUCACUGUUGGUUGAUGUAUUCCCUGGAAAAAACAAACAAAACAAAAACAUGGAAAACAAGAUAAUUUACCCUUCAAAGCAAGAUUCCAUAUUGUCUAGUGCACAUUGGCAUUCACAGUUUUGCAGCACAUGUAUGCACACAAGCUUUCAAAACAGGUGCAAACUGUUAGUUACAUCACAAAUGGCACUCGCUGUUGCCACACUCUCAAAAGCUCAGCUCAUACAGUCAGGCAUUCCCACACUCACAUCUCUCAUAUGAAUCAACCCAUUCAAACAACAUUCAUAACUUUACAUCAGAAUAAUGACAUUAUAAUAGGACAAAAGCACUGGCACUAACUUUCAAAUCAAGACAUGAUGUUCCUCUUCAAAUGAUUAUAUAUAUUGGUCAUUUAAAUGCAUUUUAAACCAAGACAUAUAGAUGAUUCUCUUUGUCCUUACAAAAACCUGAAAGAUUCCAGCUCAACACUGAAAUACAGCCUAACUAUCAAGACAGAAAAUAUUUUCCAACAAAACAUUUCCAGGAGCAAUUUUGGAAGGUUCGUUAUGCAGUGUGGCACACGAGGUACCCAUUGUGCACCAGGACAUGUCUGCCUGUCCGCCAGAUAUUAGUCAGAUGUGUCAUUCUAUCCCUUUCUCUAAAGAUGUCAUCAUGAUUUCAACCAUUAGUUAAGCAUUAGGAAACAGUUAAUUCAUCAUUUAUAAAGCAUUAAUAGACAUUUAUAAGCAGUUUA